CUGCGCUGUCACCAACCGUCGCAACGUCCCCAUCCUCCUCAUCUUCCACUUGGCCUUGGCUGACGUGGUCACCCUCCUCACCGGCCCCAUCUACCUCCGGGCCUUGAGUGUUGGCCAGUGGAACAUGGGCUUGGCCGUCUGCCGCGGGGGUCACUACCUCUGUGCCGCUGCCAUGUACGUCAGCGUCUUCCUCAUUGCUCUUCUGGGUCUCCAUCGGUGCUUGGUGGUCUCCAGGCCGACAACGGCGGCGGUGACAGUGGGUGGUCACACUGGACAGUUGGCUCACGGAGUGGUGGCGGUGACUUGGUUGGUGGCUUUGGUAUUGGCCAUCCCAUCCAUCAUCUUCCGACAGGUGAAGGAUGGGCAUUGCCAGCGGCUGCACAGCUCAGACAGUUGGUUGGUGGUCCACAACCUUCUGGAGACCAUCUUGGGUUGGGCUCUACCAUUGACUGCCGUAGCUGCCGGCUACGGGUUGCUGGUCCACCGGUUACGCCAGACCCGCUUGGCCCGGCGCGGUCGUACCUUCCGGCUGGUGGCCGCCGUGGUGGUGGCCUUUGCUGUUGCGUGGGGACCUUACCACCUGGCCAGCGUGCUGGAGGUGGCAAUGGUCGCGCAAGGCGGUGGUGAGAGGUUGAAGGGGGUCACCAAGGCCAUCCGG